AUGAAGGUGUUGCGAAAGGGUUUUGUGAAAGAGGGAGUUGAUGGAGGCUGCGGUGUAGACGGCGAGGUUUUCGUUGGUUUUGGUGAUGUAGGUGUUGUCGAUUUCUUCGAAGGUGGAGUAGUUGAGGUGGAUGCAUUCGGGCGCGAGCUUCCUUUGGAUUUUGGAGAUGAAGGUUUUGCGGAAGAGGGAGUUGAUGGAGGCUGCGGUGUAGACGGCGAGGUUUUCGUUGGUUUUGGUGAUGUAGGUGUUGUCGAUUUCUUCGAAGGUGGAGUAGUUGAGGUGGAUGCAUUCGGGCGCGAGCUUCCUUUGGACUUUGUUGAAGUAGAUUUCUGCGACGAUGAUGAAGGUUUUGCGGAAGAGGGAGUUGAUGGAGGUUGCGGUGUAGACGGCGAGGUUUUCGUUGGUUUUGAUGGUGUAGGUGUUGUCGAUUUCUUCGAAGGUGGAGUAGUUGAGGUGGAUGCAUUCGGGCGCGAGCUUCCUUUGGAUUUUGGAGAUGAAGGUUUUGCGGAAGAGGGAGUUGAUGGAGGCUGCGGUGUAGACGGCGAGGUUUUCGUUGGUUUUGGUGAUGUAGGUGUUGUCGAUUUCUUCGAAGGUGGAGUAGUUGAGGUGGAUGCAUUCGGGCGCGAGCUUCCUUUGGAUUUUGGAGAUGAAGGUGUUGUCGAUUUCUUCGAAGGUGGAGUAGUUGAGGUGGAUGCAUUCGGGCGCGAGCUUCCUUUGGACUUUGUUGAAGUAGAUUUCUGCGACGAUGGUGGAUGCAUUCCCGAGCUUCCUUUGGAUUUUGGAGAUGAAGGUUUUGCGGAAGAGGGAGUUGAUGGAGGCUGCGGUGUAGACGGCGAGGUUUUCGUUGGUUUUGGUGAUGUAGGUGUUGUCGAUUUCUUCGAAGGUGGAGUAGUUGAGGUGGAUGCAUUCGGGCGCGAGCUUCCUUUGGAUUUUGGAGAUGAAGGUUUUGCGGAAGAGGGAGUUGAUGGAGGCUGCGGUGUAGACGGCGAGCUUUUCGUUAGUUUUGGUGAUGUAGGUGUUGUCGAUUUCUUCGAAGGUGGAGUAGUUGAGGUGGAUGCAUUCGGGCGCGAGCUUCCUUUGGAUUUUGGAGAUGAAGGUUUUGCGGAAGAGGGAGUUGAUGGAGGCUGCGGUGUAGACGGCGAGGUUUUCGUUGGUUUUGGUGAUGUAGGUGUUGUCGAUUUCUUCGAAGGUGGAGUAGUUGAGGUGGAUGCAUUCGGGCGCGAGCUUCCUUUGGACUUUGUUGAAGUAGAUUUCUGCGACGAUGGUAUUGUUGAUGUGGAUGGGCUAGAUGUCGAGCUUCUUUCGGAUUUUGGAGAUGAAGGUUUUGCGGAAGAGGGAGUUGAUGGAGGCUGCGGUGUAGACGGCGAGGUUUUCGUUGGUUUUGAUGAUGUAGGUGUUGUCGAUUUCUUCGAAGGUGGAGUAGUUGAGGUGGAUGCAUUCGGGCGCGAGCUUCCUUUGGAUUUUGGAGAUGAAGGUUUUGCGGAAGAGGGAGUUGAUGGAGGCUGCGGUGUAGACGGCGAGGUUUUCGUUGGUUUUGGUGAUGUAGGUGUUGUCGAUUUCUUCGAAGGUGGAGUAGUUGAGGUGGAUGCAUUCGGGCGCGAGCUUCCUUUGGACUUUGUUGAAGUAGAUUUCUGCGACGAUGGUAUUGUUGAUGUGGAUGGGCUAGAUGUCGAGCUUCUUUCGGAUUUUGGAGAUGAAGGUGUUGUCGAUUUCUUCGAAGGUGGAGUAGUUGAGGUGGAUGCAUUCGGGCGCGAGCUUCCUUUGGAUUUUGGAGAUGAAGGUUUUGCGGAAGAGGGAGUUGAUGGAGGCUGCGGUGUAGACGGCGAGCUUUUCGUUAGUUUUGGUGAUGUAGGUGUUGUCGAUUUCUUCGAAGGUGGAGUAGUUGAGGUGGAUGCAUUCGGGCGCGAGCUUCCUUUGGAUUUUGGAGAUGAAGGUUUUGCGGAAGAGGGAGUUGAUGGAGGCUGCGGUGUAGACGGCGAGGUUUUCGUUGGUUUUGGUGAUGUAGGUGUUGUCGAUUUCUUCGAAGGUGGAGUAGUUGAGGUGGAUGCAUUCGGGCGCGAGCUUCCUUUGGACUUUGUUGAAGUAGAUUUCUGCGACGAUGGUAUUGUUGAUGUGGAUGGGCUAGAUGUCGAGCUUCUUUCGGAUUUUGGAGAUGAAGGUUUUGCGGAAGAGGGAGUUGAUGGAGGCUGCGGUGUAGACGGCGAGGUUUUCGUUGGUUUUGGUGAUGUAGGUGUUGUCGAUUUCUUCGAAGGUGGAGUAGUUGAGGUGGAUGCAUUCGGGCGCGAGCUUCCUUUGGAUUUUGGAGAUGAAGGUUUUGCGGAAGAGGGAGUUGAUGGAGGCUGCGGUGUAGACGGCGAGGUUUUCGUUGGUUUUGGUGAUGUAGGUGUUGUCGAUUUCUUCGAAGGUGGAGUAGUUGAGGUGGAUGCAUUCGGGCGCGAGCUUUGGACUUUGUUGAGUAGAUUUCUUCGAAAUGAAGGUUUUGCGGAAGAGGGAGUUGAUGGAGGCUGCGGUGUAGACGGCGAGGUUUUCGUUGGUUUUGGUGAUGUAGGUGUUGUCGAUUUCUUCGAAGGUGGAGUAGUUGAGGUGGAUGCAUUCGGGCGCGAGCUUCCUUUGGAUUUUGGAGAUGAAGGUUUUGCGGAAGAGGGAGUUGAUGGAGGCUGCGGUGUAGACGGCGAGGUUUUCGUUGGUUUUGGUGAUGUAGGUGUUGUCGAUUUCUUCGAAGGUGGAGUAGUUGAGGUGGAUGCAUUCGGGCGCGAGCUUCCUUUGGAUUUUGGAGAUGAAGGUUUUGCGGAAGAGGGAGUUGAUGGAGGCUGCGGUGUAGACGGCGAGGUUUUCGUUGGUUUUGGUGAUGUAGGUGUUGUCGAUUUCUUCGAAGGUGGAGUAGUUGAGGUGGAUGCAUUCGGGCGCGAGCUUCCUUUGGAUUUUGGAGAUGAAGGUGUUGUCGAUUUCUUCGAAGGUGGAGUAGUUGAGGUGGAUGCAUUCGGGCGCGAGCUUCCUUUGGAUUUUGGAGAUGAAGGUUUUGCGGAAGAGGGAGUUGAUGGAGGCUGCGGUGUAGACGGCGAGGUUUUCGUUGGUUUUGGUGAUGUAGGUGUUGUCGAUUUCUUCGAAGGUGGAGUAGUUGAGGUGGAUGCAUUCGGGCGCGAGCUUCCUUUGGAUUUUGGAGAUGAAGGUUUUGCGGAUGGUUAG